AUGGGUGUCAUAAGGAAGAAUGCAGCCUCGCGGGGAGGGGAUGGUGGCACGAAAUAUCAUUGCGAUGUCUGCUCCAUCGAUAUCACCUCGACUGUCCGCAUAUCCUGCGCAAAUUCAGCCUGUCGCGAAUACGAUCUCUGUGUCCCAUGUUUCGCCCGCGGAGAAUCAUCCAAAACCCACGACCCGCGUAACCAUGAAUUCCACGUCGUCGAACAGAACUCAAUCCCCAUCUAUACCGAAGAUUGGGGCGCCGAUGAAGAGUUACUUUUACUAGAAGGCUCGGAGAGAUAUGGAUUGGGAUCCUGGGCCGAUGUGGCGGAGCAUAUUGGAGGUUAUCGGGAGAAAGACGAGGUUCGCGACCACUACAUUGAUACAUACAUCAACAGUUCCAAAUUUCCAUUACCGGAGUUAGCCGACCCAGCAGAUACAGACCUAUUUGAACGGAUUCCGAAAGAAGAUUUUCAGGCUCGCAAAAAGCGGCGCAUCGAAGAGCGCAAAGAAGAAGCCAAGUCUGCGCCUCCAGCAACCCCUAAGCAGAAACCCACAGCCUCUGUUCCAGCAUGCCAUGAGGUUCAGGGAUUCAUGCCUGGUCGUCUGGAAUUCGAAACAGAGUUCGCCAAUGACGCCGAGGAAGCCGUUCAACACAUGGCCUUUGAGCCUGGUGACGGGCUUGACCCAGUCACUGGAGAGAUGGAUGAAGAAACCACCCUGAAGAUGACAGUGUUCGACAUCUACAAUUCUCGAUUGAAGGCUCGAACAGAACGCAAACGAAUUAUAUUCGAACACAAUCUUCUCGAAUACAAGAAGAACCAACUUCUUGACAAGAAACGGACAAAAGAGGAAAAGGAUCUUAUGCACAAGGCCAAACCAUUCGCUAGAAUGAUGAACCAUGAAGACUUCGAGGCUUUCAACCGAGAUCUUCUCUUGGAGCACAAUCUACGCAUUGCCAUAGCGCAAUUACAAGAAUGGAAGCAGAUGGGUAUUAGCGACCUGAAAGGUGGCGAAAAGUACGAGGCCGACAAGCAAGCUCGAGUACAGCGAAACCAGCCUCAAGGUCAAUUUGAUCGCAUGCCACAGAUCCCUAAGAAGGGCGCUCAGAUUCAGCAACCCGAUCUGCCAACAGAAGCAUCCAAAUUGACGACACCAGAAUUGCCGCUACGCUUUCAACGCAAGCCAAAGACCGUCCCAGUAUUCACCGACACUCAGCCCGCUGUUGAGAACGACUUCGACAAGCUUUUCGCCGAGGCGAAUGGCCCAGAACCCUCCGGACCCAAAGCCAAGGUCCGCUAUGUCGUACAACCUUUAAACGGAAUCACGCCAUGGCGGCUUGAGGAUGACAAGGUCCUAGCAGCAGACUUGCAGCUUCUUAGCGAAGAAGAGAUCCAGCUCUGUAAUGCUCUGCACAUCAGGCCAAAGCCAUACUUGGCUCUCAAAGAAGGCUUGCUGAAGGAAGCCAUGAAACAAGGUGGUCAUAUGAAGAAGAAAGAGGCUCGAGGAGUCUGCAGGAUUGAUGUCAAUAAAGCUAACCGCAUAUUCGACUUCAUGAUCCACAGCGGAUGGAUUGCGAAGGCGUGA